AUGCUUCCAGGAUUCCCUGAUCAAAAGGUUCAAGUUGAGGUCGAUCUUACGGAAGAUACAGAAUGGAACGAUAUUUUGCGUUCAAAAGGUAUUAUACCAGAAAAAGAACCAGAUCCAACCGAACAGCUAGAAGAGGCGCUGGCAGAUGCAAUUGCUAAGCAACAUGAAAAUAGAUUAGAAGAUCUAGACAUAGACGAAUUAGAAGCACUUGAAGAUGAGGAAGACGAAGAUUUUUUGGCAAUCUAUAAACAAAAAAGAAUGGCAGAGAUGAGACAGCUUGCAAGUAGAGAAAAGUUUGGAUCAAUUUAUCCAAUUUCCAAACCUGAAUGGCAAAGGGAAGUCACUGAAGCAUCUAAAGAUGCAACUGUUUUUGUCCAUUUAUCAAAUGAAAGUCAACUUCAAUCGAGGUUAUUGAGUAUUAUACUUAGAGAAGCUGCACAAAAGUUCAAAGAAAUCAAGUUUUGCGAAAUUGAAGGACAAAGAGCUAUUGAAGGUUAUCCCGAGAAAAAUUGUCCGACGAUAUUGAUAUACAAAGAUGGGGAAUUAGUGAAACAGCUGGUUACAUUGUUGAUGCUCAAUGGAAAUGACACAACAUUGAAAGAUGUCGAAGCAUUAUUAGUUGAUCUAGGAUCGAUCGAUAUCAAAGACAAAAGACUAAUUAUAAAUCAAGAAGAGGAUGACGAUUUGAGGGAAUCUCAUAAGUUGAGGUUUCAAAAGAAAAGUCUGAGAGGCAAGAGCGGGUUGUCAGAUGACAGUCAAUCCGAUGAGGAUGACUUUUUUGAUUAG